CACCCAACCAAUACGCAAUUCAACAUUGGACUGCAAUAUAUACUUGGCGUACAAGCUACAUGCAAGCGCGACCCGGGAUGCCGAAUCUGUUUUUCCUUCUAGAAUCCUUCCUUGUUCGAUCAUUAUUUUGACCCCUGCGUAAUGAGGGGAUGCCUCACGUGUCGUCUGCGCCAUCUGAAAUGUGAUAAAACCGCAACAAAAUGCCUGCGCUGUCAACGAUCCGGCCGCGAAUGUAUUCCAGCCCCGGGAAAGUCAGAGGAAGUCUCUUUCCGGCAUGGUCAAAAUCCUUCUCUAAGAGGAAAGGGGCCCCCGAGGUACGGUGAGAGCGACCUCGCCUUCCCGAAUGACCAGGUCUGGGUUGAAACCUCGUCUGAGUACUCCUUCAAGGAUGAAACCGAUCAGACAGCUGCGGAGUAUUUCGUGGUCCCCGUCAUCGGGCACCCGUCCAUCUCCCGCUCGUCCUCGGAAGCGCGUUCAACGCCUUCAUCCGUGGACCCCAUGUCUGGACCUAGCACCGUUGUCUUACCUUAUCUAACAGAGUCGCAAACCAUUUCGCGCUCUGCGUCUGAACAUUCACAACUAACCCCGACCGGCCAACCGCGUCUGGAAAAUGUGAAUGAGGCCUAUCUCCUCCGACAUUUCCAGCGACAUCUAGCAGACUGGCUCGAUGCUGGUGAUCCCGAGCGCCAUUUCUCAGCCGAUGUCGCUAGACGUGCGACCCAAUCUCCCCUUCUACUGUAUGCAUGUAUAGCCGUAGCGGCCUGUCACCUAUCACGAACAGCGCAUACCGUCUCCCCCGAGGUAGCGGAUAAUUAUCACGAGCGCUGCGUCUCCAUUAUGCUUCCCGUCCUCGAUAAACCGGAAUCCGAUAUCGGGAUCGAUAUCCUUCUCAGUUCGACUGUUAUCCUCCGCUUUUUUGAACAAAUCUCCUCCCACACCCCGUCCAACGACCCUCAACGCCACCUCCUAGCAGGUUCAGUCUACAUUAGCUCCCACGUUGACUGCGCAAUAAGCGGGAGUCUCGCAUCAGCUUCAUUCUGGGUCUUUGUAAUCCAAGAUAUCCAAUUCGCACUCACAUACCAGAAAUGUCUCAGAUUAACCUUCGCACCAUUCGAUGACCGGCUACGUAAAUGGUGGGUGUCGAAACCGAUUCUCAGUGAUGGAGACUGGGUUAAUCGGGCUAUCUGGCUACUUGCGGAGACGAUUGAUUUCUGUUAUAAUGUUUCUGGGCGUAAUUUUGGGGGCAGACUUGGUGUUGCGGGGGAGCUUGCGCUGAAGGAGAGGAUUAGGGAGUGGGAGCUUGAGAGGUCUGAGGCUUUUACGCCACUACAUGUUUCGCCUCCCGAUCCUGCGAGAGGAAAACCGUUCCCGGUUGUUUGGUAUACCAGUUUGGUUCACUCUACCGCGAUGCAGCAUGUUUGUCUUGCCAAAGCGCUUAUGUUGAUUCGGGAAUACGAGCUUCAGGAUGCCAUGUCAUCUAGGGAGGAUCGGGUGCAACUAAAGGAACAAAUCUCAGAAAACCUGGACUAUCUGUUCGGCAUUGCCCUCUCCGCUGACGAUGAACCAUCCUUACGAAUCAUGGCGUGCCAUGCUCUAUGUGCCUGCAGCGCAUGGAUCGAUGACCCCGUCGCCCAAAACUUAUUAUUUGAUCUCCUUCGUCGGACGGAACGCGAAAAUGGAUGGCCGUGGGCUUAUGUUGAGCAACGGAUUUUGCACACGUGGCAAGGGGGCUCACGGUGACAGUUGGAGUCAAGAAGCCUGUU